UUGAAGAAAAGGCAGAAUGGCCGUAGAAGGUGGAGGAAUAUGAUUGGACAUUCACCCUCCUAGAGGAGCAACCCUCGAAUCAUAUUUUCGGACCAACCAGAAGAACCUGUUUCUUACUCAUGGCUGUUUUAUUCCAUCAAUGGAAAAUUAGAUCCGUUAUCCUCAAAUGAUUUUUGAGUUUGAUUUUUGAAUGCUCAUUUCACAGCGGCCGCAGAAGAAAACAACCCCAUUCAAUCCAAAACCCUCCAAAAAAACCAAAAUUUUCUCAGGAAAAAGAGAGAAAAUACUUCCAUUUUCUUCUUCUCGAGCUUGGAAGCCUUGGAUGAUGGAGGACCCAGAAGAAUCCAUGGUGGAAGAGAGAGAGGAGUUGAUGGUUCCACCAUCUGGUGGAAACCCAUUUCUCAAAAAAGCCUACUUUCUAAAACCCCCUUUGCAAAAUUCCUCCAUUGAUGAACCCCUUUCCAAGCUCCCACCUUUUUCCUCUUCUUUCCCAUCACAUUUCGAGCUGCAGAAAUGGCCUUUGAAGGUUGAAUUUCAUGGAUGGACUUACGGCCAAAAAGAUUGGAAAACAUGGAUCGACCAAAUGGCAUCUGUGCACCGAUCUACCUGGAAGAAGGCUGGCAUUUACGAAGCAAUCAUUAAUUCGACGUACAAAAUACGAAGACAAACCGAUUUGGUUUUUGGGUUUGCUGAGAAAUGGUGUUCAGAAACCAGUAGUUUUUCUUUUCCAUGGGGUGAAUCAACAAUCACGUUAGAAGAUGUCAUGGUUUUAGGCGGUUUUUCGGUUUUGGGUGACUCUGUUUUAUGUCCUCUUGAGAGUUCACAACUGAAAGAAAUCCAUGAGAAACUACUUGCACAGAGAAGACAAAUUGUUCGGAACAAGGGAAAUGUUACCACACAAAUUUGGCAGAAGAAGUUCAUGAACUGUGGGAGUGAAAUCGAGCACGAAGCAUUUCUUGUCUUUUGGUUGUGCAGCUAUGUUUUUGUUAGUGGUCGUUAUAGGAUCCACAACGAUGUAUUCUCCGUAGCAAUUCAUUUAGCUAGGGGGACUCGAAUUGCGCUUGCACCAGCUGUUCUUGCCAGCAUUUAUAGAGAUUUGGGUGUGUUGAAAAUGGCAAUCGUAGAUUCAAACAAAUUGGAAAUAAGUAGUAAUGAUGUUUCAGAGCUCGUCAUUCGGUCACCAUUUCAGUUAGUUCAAGUUUGGGCAUGGGAACGUUUCUCGGACCUUAGGCCGGAAAACCCCAAUCGUCUCAAUUGUGGUGAGCCAAGAAUGGCUAGAUGGGAUACAUUAAAUGGUCAAAAAGUUGAGAACUUGGGAAAGGUUUUAGACUCAGCAAGAGAAGAGUUCCUGUGGCGGCCUUAUGCAUUGGAUGUCGUUGAGAACUGGCAUUUGCCUGAAUACUAUCCACAAAAGGAAAAGUGGGUUUCGGUUGGACCUGCUUCGGAUGAUGAACUACAGUCAUUUGUUAGAUGCUUGAGGAUGAGUGAACUCGUUGGACUAAAUGGUGCUAUAGAGCAAUACCUUCCACAUCGGGUAGCUAUGCAAUUUGGAUACGAUCAAGAUCUUCCUUGUUCUCGUACUGAACUGAGGCACAAUUCAAAUACAGACUGGAAGCAUUACAUCGAGGAAACCAAGAAGGUAAAACUGUAUCUUCCAUCUAGGCUUUUCGAGGCGGAUGUCAGCACAAAUUACUUGAAGUGGUGGAACCAAUCAGUGUCAGGUCACAAAGAUGCAUGUAAAGCAGCUGUGCCACGAAAAAAGAGAUCAAAGACAACAAAGCGUAGGAAAUCGCUACUAUUGUGGACUAACCACCCUUCUGUUCCUCCUGGGUUUCCUCACAAGCAUAAAGGAAUGGAAGCUGAAGAACCGAUGGAUGAAGAAGAUAAACUAACUAUAUCAGAAGUCCUGAAAUAUAGGAAGAAGCAUGAAAGUGGUGGGAUUAGACAAAGUAGUGACCUUGAGAAAUUAUCAGGUCAAGCUCAUUCGGCAUCUCCAGUUGCAGAAGAAAGUUCUAUUAAUAUGAUGACAUCGGAUGAGGGAAUUGUGAGCAUCGUAGGCAAUGGAUGUGCUAGCAGUAGCUCCUUAUUUGACCAACAGCUGCGGGAACUUAAAACGAGGUGUACAAGGCUUGAAAGUAUGGUCAUGGAGUUAAAAGCAGAUUCAUUUGAGAGAAGCAACUUUUGGACAAGCUUUUGAAAGAAGCCUUUCUUUAGUUGGGAAAUUUCAAGAAGAGAAUAGAACUGUGGAAAUAUCAGAAAAAUGCUUUGCUAGUAUAUUGCAGCUAAUAUGUAUUGGUGAAUACUUAACCUUUUGAUCAAAGCCUGCAAAUUUGUUAAGAUCAAAGAAGUUAAUUGCUUUUUUAACCAUAUAUUCUGACCAUGAAGAACAAAAUUCGUGAUUCCGUUUAAUUUAUCAAUUCUCUGUUGAACUUGUGGAGUUAAACAUUUGCUCUUUAUGUUUAAUGGAAUUUGUAUGACAGUAUC